GCCCCAUGAUGAGCUCCUUCUGCACUUCUUCUUCUUGGUGUUUGUUGCUUUGUAGCAUCAGGUGAACAUCUGGGACCAUGAUUUCACCACGAUGGAUGAUCCUCGUCUGCUUUUCCCUGAUCUCAGUCUUUGGGACAGGAGAGAGUUUGACAACAACUAAACCAUCCAUAAUCUUUGGGACGGGAAAAAGUUUCACGACAAUUAAACCAUCUAAUACUGUGGCACCAAGUUCUCUGGCUGCAAUCAUUGCUGGGAUGAACAAAGCGAUCGCUGAUCUGAAUGCCAGCUAUAAAAAGCUCUUAGCUCAAAAAAAGGGGAUCUCAUGUCCAUGCAACGCCUCUGUGAUCCAAGCUUGUAACAACCAACGAAAUAUUCUGAACAGAGGACUGAUUUCAUGUGAUUCACAGCUGAAGUCACUGAUUGCCCAGAGAACCUCACUGCAGCAACAAGUGAAUGCCCUCAAUUCACAGCUGAUUUCAGCGAAUGUCCAGAGAAGCUCACAGCAGCAACAAGUUAACGUCCUCAAUUCACAGCUGAGGUCAGCGAAUGCCAAGAUAAACUCACUGCAGCAAGAAGUAAAAUUCCUUAGGUCCCAGUUGGAUAAACCGAGAAGCUUACCACAGAACCCGAUAAUUACUAAGUAUCAGAAUUUGGGUUGGCGAUAUGUCCGUGGAAGUUUUUAUUACGUCUCUACAACCACUGCAAACUGGCAGAACAGCAGAAACUACUGUUUGUCAAAGGGAGCAGACCUGGUGGUCAUCAAUGAUGCUGCUGAAAACAAUUUCGUCAGAGAAUUUAAACGCAAGGCCUGGAUUGGACUGUACAAAUCAGGAUCCACCUGGAUAUGGGUGGAUGGAAGUAUCCUGUCACCUAGUGUCAGGUAUUGGGCUUCAGGAGAACCUAACAAUCGGUGGAACCGGGAAGAUCGUGUGGAAAUACGGAUCUACAACAACUUCAACAGCUGGAAUGAUGAACCUGGGGCCACUAGAAACUACUGGAUCUGUGAAAAGAAAGUUGUUUAGUGAAAACACUGGGAACUUUCUGAUCAUUGAAUAACAUUAGCUUGAUAUUUUCUGAGCUUAAAAACUUCAUGCAGAUCAUCUGCUGUCCUUUCUGCUUCACUUUUCAGACAUAAUGAAAACAUUAAUUUGUGGGUAUGAUGGGGUUGAUUAAGGAAUUUAAUCUUUUACUGCUACUGCAUUCUUUUCCUUGGCUCAAUAAAGCAUCGCAAAAUGAA